AUAAUAAUAAUAAUAACAACAAAUAGAUAAUGCGCAUCCGUCAUGGUGUCGUCCCGACAAAUCGUUGUGUGUAAACUGCUGUAAACGCAUAUGUGAAAGCGUCACUCGGCAGCCAGAAAUCGUCGGAAAAAGUUUCCGAUUGCGCCUACUUUUGGUGGAUGUUUGUUUGCGUCAUUCGUUGUUGUGGUGUUUAGAAAUUAGAAAAGCACAACUUCAUUAAAAAUAAUUUGACUAUGUCAGAUUCAGAUAACGAGAAAAGUGACUCAGGAUCUGAAUAUUCUGAAGCAGAAACCCCUCCUACGCCAGGCAACUAUGUUAAUGAAGACAGCAAACGAACGAUUCCCAAGGAAAAUCAAGAUGAAAAAAUUGACGAGGAAGAAAAGUUGGAAGAAGCGAUUUUAAACGAAGAUAAUGGCCAAAUUCCUGAGAAUGAUCAUAAGGACACCACCUGUACAGUAGGACUAUCUGACUUAUCUCAUGAUGAAAUUAGAGAUGAGAGAUCUGAAGAUGAAAUGGAAAAUAAAAAAGUUCAAAUAGAUCUGGAACAAACUGCAGCAAAGAUUUCUGAUGAUGAAGACAACAUGCAAAAAUCAUUUGCUAGUGAUAAUAAUGACAUCAAUGAUAAUGUAAAAGACAUACAGAAUGACAAGUGUGAAGGUGAAGAAGCACCAAGUAUAGCAAAAGAAAAUCAGCUUGAUGAUGAUAAUCAAAGCUUAAAGGAUGUUAUUGAACCACAAAGCAAAAUGAAAAAAACCAUUGAAAAUACAAAUUCUUCAUCUCUUGAUGUAACCGAAGAUCCAAAAUCACUAGACUUAGAAAUUGAUGAAGCUAAUACAACCAAGCUUCAAGACCAUGAGAAGGAAGAACAAGUUUUGAAGAAUGAUACUUUGGAGGAAAAUGAUUUGUUGAAUCUCACCGAGAUUAGUGAUUUUUCUAUGCAAUUGACUGGUGAUGAAGAAGCAAUUGUGGAGGAUAUUUUGCAAAAUGCUGGCGAUGACAUUCUUCUUCCUGAAGGUAGCAAACAAGGAAAUGUAUCUCACAAAACGCCUAAAGAUGAUAAUGACAUUGAAGAAUCAACUGGUGUUGCCGGGGAACUUAUUAAUGAUAUUUUUGGAUCAAGUGAUGAAGAUGAUGAAGAUUUUCAGGGGUUUGAAGAUGAUGAACUUCGUGGUUCCACUAAAAUGAAGAAAAAAUCUAAAACGAAACCUGAGAAAAAAGGAGAUGUAAUGUCUGACGAGGAAGAUGACGAGAAAAAACAAAAGCCUGAAGAAGAAAUAAAAGCAGUUGAAGAACCUAUGACUGUACCUCCACCUGAAGACAGUGAUGAUGAUGUACUAGAAGAGUCAAGUCAAGCAUUUGUCUCAGAUUUUGAUUUGAUGAUGGAAAAAAAACGAGAGGAGAAUAGAAAAGCACGAAGAAGAAGAAAGGAUUGCGAUAUAAUCAACGACAACGAUGAUUUUGUGGCUAAUAUAAUAAAAACCAUGAAAGAAGCUGCUGAAGAAGAUAGAUUAGCCAACGAAGCGCGUCAGGCUGCAACAAAGAAACUUAAAAUGUUGCCAACUAUCCUCAGACAUAUGUUGAAAAUAGAUUUGAUGGUUAUAUUCGUGGAAAGCAAUGUUCUCCCUGUUUUAAAGGAAUGGAUAAGUCCCCUUCCAGAUGGAUCAUUACCUCAUUUACAAAUACGGGAAGGGAUCCUAAACAUUUUAGAGCAGCUUCCCCCAGUGGACAGUGGAACGCUUAAAGUCAGUGGAAUUGGUAAAGCUGUUAUGUAUUUAUUCAGACAUCCCAAAGAGACAAGGAAGAACAAGCAACGAGCGGGGAAAAUCAUCAGUGAAUGGUCAAGACCUAUAUUUGGAGUGACCGCAAAUUUCAAGUCAAUGUCACGUGAAGAAAGAGAGGAAAGAGAUUAUGCUAAUAUGUCGAAACGGAGAAGAUUAAGUAGAGAUGGUGUAGAUGGAGGAAAGACUCCCAAAAGAAUUGAAAACGCUAUUAAAUCUGAUUCAAAGAGUUUGCGUCCUGGUGAUAAAGGUUGGUGUAUGCGUGCCCGGGUUCCAGCUCCUUCUAAUAAAGAUUACGUUGUUCGACCCAAGAGCAAUAUUGAACCUGUCGAUUUUUCUAAGACAUCCAAGAAAACAUUAAAUCGUUUUGAGAAACAGAAAAGAAAGUUGAACGAGAAAAAAGCAGUUUCUCGACAACGUGCCGUCGACAUCAGUCUUGAAGGAAGGAAAAUGGCUUUAUAGUAUGAUUAGAAGUUAACACGAGAGAACUAAAUUGGAAGAAAUGAAUUAUUCUCAUUUCGUAUACAUAGCUGUGUUUCUUGGUGCUUAAAAAUUUUACGCCAGAAAAAGCCUUUUCGUCGAUAGAAAAUCGAUUUAGAUAGUGUUAUGAAUAAGUAUUAAAACCUACGUAAAUGUGUACACCGGUGUUUAGAAAAAGCAAGCCUCGCCACAUAACUAGCACACUUUGAACAUUUCUUGCUACUUCAAUAAGUUUACAUACCUUUUUUUAUUAAAAAGAAUGAUUCUUAUCUUAAUAUGUAAAAUAUUGUCGAUGCAUAUAAAAUUAACAAACAUAUUAAACUCCGACAAAUCGUAAUGCAAA